AUGCCUAGAACAUUGGCGACUGCAGCGGGUUCCGUCGCCGCCACGGCAACGGCAGGAUACCUGCUCGACGCGAUGCUCGGGUUAAGCACGGAUAUCCAGUACCUGCGCGAGAAGAAGGAUUUUGAGACUCGCUUUCCGCAAUUUCUGAGGCGACUGGGCGAUCAUGUUGAUCUAUAUCACGUGUUAGAACUUGCCGACCCUUACGCGGAGGCCUUGUGGUUUGAGGGUCAAUCAUGGAACUACCGAGCAUUGAAGAAAGAGGUUGAUGCGAUUGCCGCGGGAAUGCAACAACUCGGAGUAGAGGCGAACGACUUCAUCGCCGUAUUUAUGACGAACUCGCCCGAGAUGGUCUUCACGAUAUACGCCAUCGCCAAACUAGCCGCGGCACCAGCUCUAAUCAAUUCCGCUCUCCGGGACGAUACGUUGCUCCAUUGCGUGGGGUUAGCAUCGUCGAAGCUGAUUAUAAGCACUCCGGAUCUCGCCCCGUUCGCGGCUCAGGCGGGCGGACGUCUCGCAGAAGGCUCUGCGACGACCGUGUCGUUGAAUAUUGGUUCUUUUAGCAAGGCAAUACCCCUGCCGUCCAAUGCCCUCGAAUUUCCCUUCGUUGACCCUGCCACUGUCGGCCCGGCCAUGCGACCACAGCGCUCAAUCUCUGACGUCGGCGCCCUGAUCUAUACCUCAGGAACUACUGGAAAGCCCAAGGCCUGCACAAUCAAAAAUUCCCGCAUCUGUACGGUUUGCUUGCCAUCCUCGGCCGACCAGUCGAACCCCAGUUGCUUUUGCCUGGGGAGGAAAUUCUCGGCCCGCAACUUCUGGAAGGAUGUCACAGAGUCGCGUUCCACGAGGAUCUUGUAUGUUGGGGAGCUGUGUCGGUUCCUGCUCGCAACGCCACCCGGCGAGUACGACCGGAAACACGGCUGCAUCGUCGCCAUGGGCAACGGGCUUCCCCAGGAUAUAUGGAUGGCGUUUAAGAAUCGCUUCGGCGUGCCUGAGGUCCGGGAAUUUUACCGGUCCACCGAGGGGCUGGCCAAGUGGGAUAACCGACACCUAGGUCGCGGCCCCGGAGUGGGCAAGGUGGGAUUCGCCGGGCCGCUGAGGCGGAUGCUGGAGGCUGACCAAGUGAUUGUCCGGUUUGACUACGACAGUGAGAAGCCCUUUCGUGACCCAGUCACGGGGUUCUGCAUACCCGCUCGCGUCAAUGAGCCCGGUGAGGUGAUAGCGCGCAUCAAGUCCUCGGCGACUUACCCGGAAUACCUCGGCAAUCCAGCUGCCACGAACGAGAAGAUCCUCACCGACGUGUUCGUCCGCGGAGACCAAUGGCAACGGUCCGGUGACUUGCUGGUUCAAGAGCGGUCGGGCUGGGUACGCUUCGUCGACCGGGUCGGGGACACUUUCCGCUGGAAAGGCGAGAACGUUUCCGCGAGCGAGGUUGCCGCGUACAUAUCUGCGCUGCCGCACGUCCAGGACGUAAUCGUCGCCGGCAAACAGCUGCCGGGAUACGACGGCCAGGCCGGCGUGGCGGCCAUAGCCCUCGAACCAUCAACUCCUCCCGGUGGAGUAGAGAGCCUCAUGCGCGACCUUUACGCUAAUCUGAGGCGAAGGGGCCUACCUCUAUACGCGCUCCCGCGAUUUGUGGCCUUGACCAACACGUUACUGGAAGUCAGCGCCACAUUCAAGCAUACCAAGCAAGCGGUCAAGGCGCUGGAUUGGGCCCCGACUGAGCCAGGCCCAACGGAGAAGGCAGAUGGUACGAGCACCAUGCCAGGAGUGGCCCGGAAGUAUUUCCUUGACGUGGAUGCGCAGGAGUACAGGCCGCUCGAUUCGGCAAACUGGGCUCGGAUCAAGUCCGGGACGGCUAAAUUGUGA